UUAGUAUCCUUUUGCUCCUAGUCUUCUCCCGCGUCUCUUAUAAAAACUAAAGAAAACCACUCCAAGAGAGCACACUACAAGAAUCUUCUUCCUUUUUUUCUUUCCUCUUUCUCUUUACAGAUAAACUGAGAAAGCCCAGCUCAUCCCUCAAUUCCCAGAUGGGUUUCAUGAAUGUUCUCAAGUUCUCAGCUGCAUGCUUUGAUCUUCUUGGCUGGCCUCUAUGUGCACUGGGUUAUCCUCUAUGUGCUUCAAUUCGGGCAAUUGAGACUAACUCAAUCUCAGACUUUCGGAAGUUGGUGGCGUAUUGGGUUCUAUUUUCCUUGAUUUCACUCUUUGAUCAUGCUUUUUCCAAGCUCCUUGAAUGGGUACCAUUCUGGCCUUACAUAAAGCUGAUGGUCAUCUGCUGGCUGGUGAUACAGCAGUUUGAUGGUUCAUAUUAUGUCUAUCAACACCUAGUUCAGCCAUGCUUGUCCAUGGAUCCACAAGCUGUCAUGAACUGGCUCUUCAAUGAAUCAAAAAAGAAGUUUCAUAGCAGAGAAAACUUUCUUGUUUCAGCAGACCGAUAUAUUAAGGAGAAUGGACCUGAAGCUUUGGAGAAACUACUUUCUAGGAAGUUGAGGAGCGCAAAGCCUAAUGUUGAAGUGAAAAAGAUCAAAGCACCUGCAGCACCGGAGAAAAAAGGGGAACAGUGGAAGUGUGAAGAGCCUAAUGUUGCUCAAAAGGAGAUCCAAGUUGUCAAAGUAACAGAGAUAAAAAAUGGGGGGGAUGGAGCAAAGAGGUGUGAAUGGCCUAAUGCUGCUAAGAAGGAGGUCAAAGUGACAGAAGUAACACACAGAACAUUCGGUGGUACAGCACAGUGGGUUAAACGAACAGAGAUAAAUCUUGGUGAAACUAGAAGUAAUACAACUUGUGCUGUGGAGAUAAAAGAAAGGGCAGCGGCACUGGUGGCUGCAGAAAUUGAGGCAUGUAGAGACGAUAGAACCCCCAAGAUACCUCUUCAUGAGAAAGUCCAGAAAGAGUGGGCUUGUGCUGUAUGCCAGGUCACAACCCAAAGUGAAGCGACCUUCAAUUCCCACCUUCAAGGGAAGAGACAUCAGGCCACUUCUGAGCAGCUGAGAGCCAAAAACCAGGCAACCAAAACCAAUUGUUCCCCAUCUGCUUCAAUGGCCAAGAAAUCUGAUCAGUCCACCAAAGAGGAGCAACCGAAGUGUACUUCCAACAAUCUGAAUUCCAAAAACAAUGGAAUCUCAGCUGCUUCAACAGUGAAGAAACCUGAUGACACCAAAGAUGAUGAGCGACAAAAGUCUGCAUCUAGCAAUGAACCGAACCAGAAGAAUAACAAAAAGCAAGAGGUACAGACCAAUGAGCAAGGCCAUCAGAAGAACUUAAAGCAAACUGGCGAUGGAAUGAAAGAGUUGAGAUUAUGCUGCAAUAUCUGUAAUGUAAGCUGCACAAGUGAGCUUGACAUGGCCUCUCAUCUCAAUGGAUGGAGGCACUUUAAUAUGAUAAAGGAGGCGUCUGAAUUAUGGUGCAGUAACUGCAAUGUAAGGUGCAACAGUGAGGCUGUCAUGGCCUCUCACCGAAAUGGGAGGAGGCACUUGAAGCAGCUGAAGGAACGGUCGGGAUUAUAGUGCAGUAUCUGUAGCGUGAGAUUGUGUUAGGAAGAGGUGGAAUGGGUUCCAAUCAGGAAUUAAGACUCGGUUCCAAGACAUGGAAAGUGUCUUUAGAUUAUGUUAUCUCCAUUUUUUUUAUUGUGAGAGGGGAGUAUAAGGAAUGAAAAUAAAUAUAUAUAUAUUUUUUAAUAGAGAUGAAUUUGAUAAUUUUAA